AUGAAACAGACCACUUUGAGACUUAAUCGAGUUAUACCAUAUUCAACAACUUCUCAAGAAUAUAAACUAAUUACUGAUAAACUGGUUAAUUGGAUUGCCAUGGAUACCUUACCAUUUACUAUUGUAGAAAGUCCAGCAUUUCAUGAAUUUAUAUCAUCUUUGAAUGAAAAAAAAAUAUCUCAAGCUAAAAAUGUGAAGUAUUUGGCUCCUAUUUUAGACUGUCCUACACGUUGGAAUUCGACCUAUCUUAUGCUGGAAAGACAAAUAGAAACAAAGGAAAUCAACCAACGACUUGUCAGGAACAAUCCUAGUAGUAUUGAAUUAGAAUAUUUGACUGAAAAUGAUUGGAAACAAAUUGAUGACUUGUGUGUUAUUUUAAAACCAUUAUACAUUGCAACCAAAUUUUUAUCAUCAAGUUCACCCACUUUAAAUGAUGUGCGCAUUACUUUUACUGCAUUAAUUAAAGUAUUGAAAAAGGUUUACAUAGAAAAUACACCUUCUUUAUUUUCAGAGGUAUCAAAUUCAUGCGAAAAGAUACCAGAUGGUGCGUAG